AUGAUGGACCAUCCGCUGGUCGAUGCCGCCGACGGCGAUGCUACUCUUGCUGAUGCCGGCGGGUUGCCUCUCGCCGAAGAGGCAGCGGGCGCAGCUGGAGGUGAUGCCCUGGACGACGUCUUCGGGUCGCCCAUGGAGCUCCUGGACGAGCAGCAUGUCUCACACCCGUCCGACGUGGGCCGGCUGCGGACUGAACAUACGACUGCUGGUUACAGGGAAGGAAUCACUCUGGCCAAGGAAUCCAGCAUCCAGGCAGGCUUCGACGAAGGCUUCGGCCUGGGAGCCACGCUUGGCUCGAGGGCUGGACUUCUUCUCGGUGUGCUAGAAGGCAUCUCGGACGCUCUCAGCCGUCAUGGAGAUGAGGGGGCGGCGGCGGCGGCGCCUGCGGCAGAGAAGCGACUGGUCGAAGCGCGCGAAGAGCUUUGUCCGAGCCGCAUCUUCAGCCCCGACUACUGGGAGCCGGACGGAAACUGGGCUUACCCGGUCCUCGUGGUCGAAGGAGAGGACAUCCUUUUUCCACAUGUGGCCGAUGCGCACCCUUUGAUCCGGAAAUGGAGCACCGUUGUCGACGAGCAGGUCGAGCUUUGGAAUAUCAGCAUGGGUCUGUUGGAGGACGAGGUGGGACCGCGAGUGGCCUUGACGUCGAACGAGGAGCCCCUUGCCUCGUCGCCUCUCCCAGCAACGAAGCAGGCGUUGGACUGGUAA